AUGAAUGUAACAUCAGAGCCCGGUGUUAUCUCCGAGAUAACGGAUUAUCAUUCUAUUGUGGAGGAUUAUCCAUCCAAUGAGAAAGCAUUCAUAGCAGCCCCAGAGAUCGCAUUUUACAACGCGAAUGUGGUUGAUGUGGAAGCGGGGAAGAUUACUCGAAAUGCAGCUGUGCACAUCAAGAAUGGGCGUAUUCUGGACGUGUCAUCCGAUCCUACAGGGAUAGAUUCUACGCACCUCAAUGCAGUGGAUCUCAAGGGCAAGUAUAUCUGUCCUGGCUUAAUUGAUUGCCAUGUUCACCUUACUGCCACACCGGGCUCUUCCUCUCUGCGAGACAUAUUUUCUGCGAGUCCCAACAGCAUCGUGUAUCGCACCGCAUAUGUAGCGCGAGAGAUGCUUCUUCGAGGUUUCACCACGGUUCGUGAUACAGGUGGCGCCGAUUUUGCCCUUCGCGAAGCUAUAGAAGAAGGUCUGGUCAUGGGACCAAGGCUUUUCAUCGCUGGCAAAGCUCUCUCGCAGACUGGCGGACACGGGGACUUGCGUGCCCGUUAUCAGGGGACAGAAGAUAAAUGCUGCGGGGGACAUUCCCCCAACCUCGCACGGAUAUGUAAUGGAAUCCCCGAGUGUCUUGAGGCGGCGCGUGAUGAACUCAGACAAGGAGCCGAUUUUCUCAAAAUUAUGUGUGGUGGAGGUGUCGCAAGCCCCUCAGAUGCCCUUGAUAUGAUUCAAUUCACUGCUGAGGAGAUCCGUGCGAUAACGACAACAGCCAGACAGUCAAAAACAUACGUCACAGCACAUGCAUACAGCGUCGAUGCCAUUCGCCACGCCGUGGAUAAUGGCGUUCGAGGUAUCGAGCAUGGGAAUUUCAUCGAUGAGGAAACGGCUGCCUACUGUGUUGAAUUGGGGGUUGUGUUUACUCCGACGUUGGUGACUUACUACGGGAUGUCCAAGCCUCCAUUCGACAAAUUCUUGGAUGAGGUUAGCCAAAUUAAAAACCGACAGGUCUUAGCUAGCGGGCUGAAUGCUUUGUCGAUUUUAAAAAAUGCAGGGGCAACUAUUUGCUAUGGAUCCGACCUUUUGGCAGGCUUGCAUCCUCUUCAAAACCAAGAAUUCUCGAUCCGGUCAUCUGUUUUGUGUGCAAGUGAUAUUUUAAAGUCCGCUACAAUCACCGCAGCAAAAUAUUUGGGAAUGGAGGAUCAGCUUGGCUGUAUUAAGAAGGGAAGUAUUGCCGAUAUGCUCAUACUGACGGCCAAUCCCCUGGAAGAUAUUGCGAUUCUUGAUCAUAUCCAAGACAAUCUUGUGGCUAUAAUAAAGGACGGACGCGUUGUUUCCACCAAGUCCAGUUUGCUUUCGGUUGACCCUUUAUACAACGUGUCCACAUUUCAGCCAUAG